UGGAAAAUGUGCUCAGAGCUGGAGUACUGUUUGUUGUUUGUCAUCUUCCAACUUGUCUGAAAUUGAAACAAAUAGGACCACAUGCGCAGUAGGCAUUUCCUUUCAUUAACUUCCAACUCAUUCAUAGAUAAUGUUUGCCAUUAAUAAUCAUCAUUGUACAUAUAAACCUACACAAGGAAGGCUAAUCUUAACAAAAAGAAUCAACAAUGCUGCUCUACUAUUUCCAGAAUAACAACAGCUAUCAAAAUCAUUAUAUCAUCAUCAAGAGUUUGGUUCCUAGCUAGGCCUAGUUGCAGAAGCAGACACACCACACCAUGGCCACAGAUGACCCUGUUAUUGAACAAGCGUUGUUGGGAUCUAGGACCCUAGGAGAGCGUGUCUAUGCGGCGUUGAUGCCACUCAUAGCUGUGGUUGAGGCUCUGGUGUUUGCUGUGGCAGGUUGUUUUAACCUUUGUCCACUCAGAAAUGUUAAUCAGGAACAGACACGUGAAUGUACUGCUAAGGAUUUUGCUCGCCUUGCGAAAGAAACCAGAUUUACUGUUAAUGAAGUGGAGGCCCUCCAUGUGCUGUUUACAAAGUUAAGUUGCACCGUAAUUAAUGAUGGCUUGAUUCACAAGGUGGAGCUUGGAUUGGCACUAUUUCAAAACCCAAAUGGAGAAAGUCUUUUCCUGGAUCGAGUUUUUGAUCUUUUUGAUGAAAAGAGAAAUGGUGUUAUCGAGUUUGAGGAAUUUGUCCACGCGCUCAAUGUUUUCCAUCCUUAUGCUCCUAUAGAGGAAAAAAGUGAUUUUGCAUUUAAGCUCUAUGACCUGAGGCAAACUGGGUUCAUAGAACCAGAGGAAGUCAAGCAAAUGGUUAUAGCCAUUCUGAUGGAAUCGGACAUGCACCUUUCUGAUGAUCUUCUUGAAGCUAUUGUUGAUAAGACAAUUGCUGAUGUGGAUAAGGACAAUGAUGGUAAAAUCAGCAAAGAAGAUUGGAAAGCUUUUGUGAGUAGAAAUCCAUCCCUCUUGAAGAACAUGACACUUCCUUAUUUGAAGAAUAUCACCACUGUGUUUCCUAGUUUUAUUUUCACAUCAGAGGCUGAAAUUUGAGAAGAAAAAUAUGUUCGUUUGGGAUCAAGUUCCAUGGAAGCCUUACUGCUGUGAAGGGACAAGGGUAAGAAAGAGAACUAGAGAAGUGUUUUCUGAACAAACAAAAGGGAAUGAUUAUCAUUUUUGUGGCAUAUUAUUCCUCCAUCUAACUACCUGUGUGCAUCUACAUAUCCAAGUGCUGCUUGAUGUACUGAAUAGGAGGAAAUGUUUGUCAGCAUUUUAGCUCUCCAUUGUACAUAGAUGGGAAUGAAUUGACAGCUUCAAGAGAGACAUCAUGAGUGAUGAAUAAGGCUCCUCUAAGUUAGUUUGUCCAAAAGAGCACCUGAAAAAAUCUAUAGAGAAAACAAGUGAAGUGUAUGUAUUAUUAUUUUACCCACUAGGGUGGGCAACCUUCUUCUUGGUCCACUGGUGCACCAUGCUUAACACACCAUUUGAUUCAGGAAUCUUGGAAUA